AUGCCCUUGGAAGUUGUCCUUCCAACUGGGCCCCACAAUGUCGCGGACAACAACGAUGCUGUCCCCGAGCUGCUCCCUCCAGUCAAGGUGUCGCCGGACCGCCGAAGACCGAGAUCUCCGUCCUCACACGACAGUCGACCAGCGUCUCCGACCUUCAUCGAGAUUGAUGGGAUGGGAACCAGCAGCUCCAUCAUCACUUCUAGCGCCACUUCAAUUGCUACUUCGGCUUCGACCGCGUUGGAUAUGAGUGCUGUGAGUGUGGCUGACACUACCAGCCCCCAAGAUGUCACCGCAGGCAAGGCUCUAGCGAGAGUCAACGCCCGAGCGAAUCUGUCGAUCCUUGACAAGCGCAUGCGCAUUGGAAAGAAGAAGAAGGGGGGAUACAAGAACGUCGAGCGCAGCUUCAAGCCUCCUGCCGGCAAUGUGAUUAACCUGCAGCACGAGCAGUACGCGCUCACGUACGGCAUGAUGUGCGGUAUUCGGGAUUCUGCUGGGCUCCAGAAGCCCUUCAAGCAGCGGCUGACGAUGGACGACUUCAUGCUCGUGGACAAGAAGAUCUUCCCCGCCAACUCCCAGCUGCAGCACCCGUUCAAGUUCAAGGACUACUCGCCCGACGUGUUCCGCCAGGUGCGUCGCCGCUUCGGCAUCGACCUAGCCGACUACAUGCUCACACUCAGCGGCGACUUCAACUUCAUCGAGUUCAUGUCAAACUCCAAGUCGGGCCAGUUCUUCUUCUACUCGCACGACGGGCGCUUCAUGAUCAAGACGCAGACCAAGGAUGAGUCCAAGUUCCUUCGACGCAUCCUGCCACAUUACUACAAGUUCGUGAUGGAGAACCCGGACACGCUUAUCACGCGAUUCUACGGCAUGCACCGCGUCAAGAUGCACCACCUUCGAAGGAAAAUGCACUUCGUCAUCAUGGCCAGCGUGUUCGACACGCCGCUGGAGAUUCACGCGCGCUUUGAUCUGAAAGGCUCGCGGAUCGGGCGACACGCAUCCCCAAAGGAACACGAGCGAGGCAGUGCAGGCGUGCUGAAAGACAACGAUCUGCUGGACAAGGGGUUCCACCUGCAAAUGGGCGUUGCUCGACGUGCCAUAUUCCUGGUUCAGCUUCGCAAGGACGUCGAGUUUCUCAAGCGAAUGAAGAUUAUGGACUACAGUCUGCUCAUUGGCGUGCACGACUCCGGCUGUGAGCUGCAUGACGACCUGUACACGGGAUCGCCAGCCAGUGCAAGCCCCGAGAGCGUGACGCCUCCGACUGAAACAGAACUCAACAUCUCUCAGUCGCUGCCAGUGUCUCCUUCCAGCGUGGAGUCGGACGUGAGCAUGGAUCUACAGCAGACUAGACCAGCUCGAUCAGCUUCAGUACCGGACGACGGCAUCAAGUUGCAAAUGCCCUCGGCGCUGAGUGCGUCAAUCCAAACCAGACUUGCUCUCUCUCCGCCGAAUACUCCGACGUGGAGUGAUGGCUACGUGGACCCCGAUUUGGACUCGGACAACGAUUCGGAGACGAGUAGCGAUGGCGGCUUUGGGAUCAGCUUUGGGAACACUUUCGGCGACUUCUCUUCGCCUGCCAACCGGAGCUCGAUUGGGUCCUUGCCGUCGACACCGAAGGGAUCUGGGUCGACGAUGGCGCCAUUAUCCCCGCGUCUACUAGACACGGCAGCGUAUGCUGAGUACUCCGAGUCGGUCUUCUGCAAGGACGAGGGCGGCAUCUACGGCCGAGACCGACACGGUCGCAAGAACGGGUUCGUGUAUUUCCUGGGCAUUAUCGACAUUUUGCAGCAGUACAACACGCGCAAGAUUGCCGAGAACAUUAUCAAGGGGAUGCGGCACAACCGCAAACAAAUCUCGGCCGUUAACCCCGAGUUCUACGGCGACAGGUUCAUCGAGUUUGUGGAAAAGCAUGUAGUCCAGGACGACACACUGUUUUCUCCCCGACCACGAACUUCUCCGUCGUCCACCGCCCAUACCGAUAACCUGUCGCGGAUGGAGGAGGAGAUCACAAGCACGGUAGCAUAA